AUGGUAUCCGUCUUCAAGAGUUUCAUUGCCUCUUCUGUUAUGACAUUGUUGUGUUUCAGUUUGUGCUUUUAUCCAUUCGCAUUGGCUCAAGAUUCAGGAACUGCGACCUUCAACACACCCCCAUACGUUCCUUCUAAAUGCUAUGGAUAUGAAGAUCGAGGAGUGAUGAUUGCAGCAGCAAGUGAAGGGAUUUUUAACAAUGGGGAAGCUUGUGGGCGAUAUUACCAAGUAACUUGUGUUAGCGGGACAAAUGAGGGCACUCCAUUCCCUUGUUUGGUUAAUGGGUCAGUUGUUGUGAUGAUUACAGAUCUUUGCCCUGCUGAUUCUUGUAGGGGUACCAUUGAUUUGUCACAAGAAGCUUUUGCCUCCAUUGCUGACCCCAAUUCUGGCGUUAUAAACAUCUCUUACCAACAGAUUUGA